CAUUCGUCGCGUGGGUGAACGACUCGCACCGGUGCAACGGCUGAGGUUUAGCUGGAAGAAAUCCGCGAUUCCUCCUUGAAAUGUCUCACCCAGCUCCGUCGGAGAAGCCCUCCAAGCCCGAGAACCCUCGCGUUUUCUUCGAUGUGGACAUCGACGGAGAACGAGUGGGCCGGAUUGUUCUGGAGCUGUUUGCCGACGUCGUCCCCAGGACCGCGGAGAACUUCCGGGCGCUGUGCACCGGCGAGAAAGGCGUGGGGCAGUCGACGGGGAAACCGCUGCACUUCAAGGGAUGCCCCUUCCACAGAAUCAUCAAGAAGUUCAUGAUCCAAGGAGGCGACUUCUCAAACCACAACGGCACGGGGGGCGAGAGCAUCUACGGGGAGAAGUUUGAGGAUGAAAACUUCCACUACAAGCACGACAGAAUGGGCCUUCUGAGCAUGGCCAACGCCGGGCCCAACACCAACGGGUCCCAGUUCUUCAUCACCACCGUCCCCACGCCGCACCUGGACGGAAAGCACGUGGUCUUUGGACAAGUGUUAAAAGGGAUCGGCGUUGUCAAAAUGCUGGAGUCCAUGGAAACCACCGAGGACACCCCAGUAAAGGCUUGCGUCAUCGCGGACUGCGGCGAGCAUAAGGACGGGGACAGCUGGGGCGCCGCAGCGAGCGACGGCACAGGAGACGCCCACCCAGACUUCCCCGAGGACUCCGACAUCGACUUUAAAGAUGUUGACAAAGUUCUGUCGGCUGCCGAAGACGUGAAGAAUAUUGGAAACGUCCUUUUUAAGAACCAGGACUGGAAAGCCGCGGUGAAUAAGUACAAGAAAGCGCUGCGAUACCUGGAGGCGAGCGGCGAGCUGCUGGACGAGGAAGAGGAGCAGAAGAAGCUGGAGCCCACCGCCGUCAGCUGCUUCCUCAACACGGCAGCCUGUAAACUGAAGCUGCAGCUCUGGCAGGAGGCGCUGGAGAGCUGCGACGAGGCUCUUGAACUAAACCAGGAGAACACUAAGGCACUUUUCCGGAGGGCCCAGGCCUGGCAGGGCUUGAAGGAGCAUAACAAAGCCUUGGCCGAUCUAAAGAAAGCUCAGGGAAUCGCUCCAGAAGACAAAGCCAUCAUCAACGAGAUGAAGAAAGUCCAACUCAAAAUCCAAGAGGAGAAGGAGAAAGAGAAGAAGAUCUAUGCCAAGAUGUUUGCCUGAAGACUUUGUGCCGCAGCAAAUUAUCGUUUAAUAAUUGGAGUCGCCUCUUCAGUUAAACCUGAACUCUAACAGUAUUUCCAUUCGCCUGGAGAAUCUGGUUUCAUGUUUCGUCACUUUGCUGCUGACUUUCCCCACCGGGGGGCCGAUCAGGGUUAUCUGUGCUCCACUGUGGCCCUCAGCGAGCGCCGGAGUCCGAAGCCGAGCCGGUUACAGCUGACGGACUGGGCAAACAGUCGUUUUCCAGAAAUGUGUCGUUUUGUUUUUGUGUGUCUGACUGGCGAAUAAAACAAAGGAUAACUGCA